GCACUGCUUAGACCUGGUUGUUUUGAUCCACACAUUACUAUUUGUUUGCCCGAUAUAAAGAAGAUAUUUAAUACAUAUAUAAAGAAGAUAUCAAUAGCACCAGUGAAGACAGUUGCGAGAGGGACACCUGGUUUUGGGGGGGAGAAGGGGAGGGGGUAGUGACCUAGUAAAUUUAGUGAAUGAAAGAGCAGAAAUAAGAAGACUGUUACUAUGGGUAGCUUUGAAUAUGCACGUAAUGAUGGGCUGGAAAGACGGUCUCUAGUGACGACU